AAGAAGCAUUGUUGUACACAAAAGUAAACAUUGCGACAUUACAAAACUCUCACAAGUCAGUGGCAUGCUUUUAUUUUGGAACUCUUCGUCAUUACAAAGACAUGAAGAAAAGAUUUAACAUCAACUUGGACGACUCAGCGUUCACCAAAGAAAGGACACCGCCAAAGCCGCAGUUUCAGUCUUCAUUGAAAGGAGGACAACAUGCUUCAGCUUCAACUUCAGCAAGUACUUCUUCUGAGCCUGUGGACAAGCCCCUGUCAUAUGCAGACUAUGUCGUCCAAAGUAAACGCAAUGUCGCUGCCCCUCCUCAGACAGAGGGCUCCUCAAAAGUGUCCAGGACAGAAAGUGUUAGCGAUCUGAAGCAAACAGAGGAUUCAGGAGGAUGUGACACUGUUCAGGACCUUUCUAAAAUGACAGAAGGCGGGUCUGAAGGAGUUAAGGAGACACUGAUGGCUGGUACAGAGCAAAGAGAAGGGAACCUACAAGGGUCAGAUCCAUGCCUCAACACUGGUCCAAAGCAAAUGGGGUCAGGUAGCAGCAUUAUUGUCAGUCCUCGACAGAGGGGAAAUCCUAUUCUGAAGUUUGUGAGGAGUGUUCCUUGGGAGUUUGGAGAUGUUGCACCAGACUACGUUUUAGGCUUGACAACUUGCGCUCUUUUCCUCAGUCUAAGGUAUCACAAUCUGAAUCCAAACUACGUUCAUGACCGUCUCAAACAGCUUGGACAGACCUUCACUCUGCGAGUGUUACUAGUACAAGUAGAUGUGAAAGAUCCUCAUCAUGCGUUGAAGGAGCUUGCUCGCAUUUGCAUCAUGGCUGACUGCACUCUCAUCUUGGCUUGGAGUCCAGAGGAGGCAGGGCGUUACCUGGAAACAUACAAGUCAUAUGAAAAGAAGCCAGCAGACGUAUUGAAGGAGCAAGUUGAGAAAGACUAUCUGUCAAAGUUUGCUUCAAGGUUACAGAUUGCCUGACCACUGUGAAGUCAAUAAACAAGACUGAUGCCAUAACCUUGUUGUCUACUUUCUCAUCUGUGGAAGGAAUCAUCAGUGCUUCUAAAGAAGACUUGGUUCUCUGUCCGGGCCUUGGACCACAAAAA